AUGUUUAUACUUCAACCUCCCGUAUAUCUUGAUGAUAAUAACUUUUAUCAUAAGAAGAAGAAGUUUUUUAGAAGAUUUGAUAAACGUGCUCAUAAUCAUGGACCAACCUAUGAUCUUCGUUUGAUUAUACUUCGACAUGCAGAGCGUGUUGAUCUAGUCUUAGGUGAAAGUUGGUAUGAUUAUGUUUUUGGUGGUGUUCCAUCAGCUCCACCACAAAGUUAUCUACAUCCAUUAUUACCACAAGCAUUACCCCAACGUUUAAAUACUUUACUCUAUGUAUUUGAUCCACCGAUAACACGAUUGGGUGAAAGCAAAUCAUAUUCUAGAGGACAGGAACUAUCUAGACUUGGUGUUAGUAGUAUUGAUCAUUGUUAUUCAUCACCUGCUUGUCGUAGUGUUCUAACAGCAAGUGCUGUCUUAGAUGGUAUAAGUCGAAAUCCUGUACCAAUUCGUCUUGAACCAUAUUUAUUUGAACCGUUGAGUUGGAAUCAACCAUUACAAAUGCUUGACACUGUAUCACCGUUUAUGUCAACUCGUGAAUGGAUGAUGGCAGGCUACAACAUCGAUCGAAAUUAUCAACGUCUCAAUAAUUAUUUAAAUCCAAUGGAAACUGAAGUUGAUUUUUAUAUGAGAAGUCAAUAUGUUUUUCAAUCAAUUGAACGUCGUCAUGGUGGUGUUGCACCACCAAUUGGCCGUGCAAGUAAACGAGCUCGACAUUCAACUGUACUCAUCGUUGGUCAUGCUGCAACGCCACUAAUCUUUCAACAUAUUGCUCUACAACAACCAUUCAAUUCUGAAGUUUUCGGACAACAAUGUGGUACUAUACCAUUUUUACAUACAGUUGUUCUUGAACGUAAUGCGAUAAAUCGCAUGUGGUACAUGCGACCUAUAAUGUCUUUUGUUUAA